UUGUUCCUCUCUCUCUCUCAAAUCCUUGUCUGACUUAGAACUUCACACAAGUUUUAGAUCCCCUCUCGACUUUUCUUGAUUCUUAACGUUUCACUACCAAAACAAACUCUACUUACAGAAGCAAUCAUGGUUGAAACUGGUAAAGACUUAGAAUUUUUCAAGGUGUUUCUCCCUGAAUUCAGUUCUCACGAACUGGUGAUUCCUCCAGCAUUCAUCGACUUAUUAGUAGGGAAGCCACUACCUAAAGAAGCCUUCUUACUCGACGAGAUCGGACGGUUAUGGCGUGUAGAGAUAAAAACAGAAGACACAGAAGAAAGAUUCUGUGUUUCGUUCCAAAAAGGUUGGGAAUGUUUCGCAAAGGAUCAAUCUCUCGAAUUUGGAGACUUUCUUGUGUUUAGCUACGACGGCGGUUCGAGAUUCUCCGUUACAAUUUUCGCUAAAGACGGAACCAAAAAAGAUGUUGGUGUCGUCGCAACCACGGAAAGAUCUAGGGUUUCUCUUGAGAAGGACCCGGUUCAUAUUUUUACUAAACCGGAGCGUAGGAAAGAUUGUAAGCGGAAACGCGAACACGAUUCGGUUCUCGAUAAACCCGAGUAUGUUUCAACUAGCAAAACCAAACCGGGACAUCGUGAAAAGAUUCAGAGAACAACAGUUAACCGGGCUGGAGAUCCUUGUGACAUAUCAUGGUCUUCUGACUCUGAAGAUGGAUUUGAAGAAUCGGUUUAUAAACCCAAGAAUCCGCAUUUUCUAAGGAAUAUUACAUGCAGUUCGUUUCAUAAACUGGAAAUACCAAUAACUUUUCUGAGAUCGAACGGGAUCGAAUUGGAGGAAGAAAUCGAGCUUUGUGAUGAAGAUGGAAAGAAGUGGCCUUUGAAGGUUGAGAAUCACGUCAGAGGACUCAGGUUCUCGUGUGAAACAUGGUCGUGUUUCAGUAAAGGCCAUAAGUUGAUGAAGAACCACAAGUUUUUACUUGAGUUUGUCGCGAGUAGUGGGAGAUGCAAAGAGAUUCAAGUUCGUGUUGUCAGUGGGAGAUUGCCUACCACUAUGACGAGAAAUAAAUACCAAAUUCUUGCUAUGUAACCAUUAAAAACUAUACAAUUGUUAUGAUCGCUACUUAUAUGGUUUUAUUUUCUUAUUAUAUAG